UAGGUGGUGUGUGGAGCAGUUGCCUAUCCUUGCCUGGUUCUGAGUGAGGAGGGAGCCGUGGAGGCCAUGGCCAUGAGCACCCUCAGCCAGCAGCCGUGGUGGAAGGUGCCCGAGAAUUUUGAUGCUCCAGUGGUGGUUUACUUGGAAGAGGAGCAGGAGGAGCAGAUAUUUGGCCACAAUGACGCCCACCUUCGCUGCAUCGAGGUGCACAGCCAGACCCUCAUUCAGUUGGAGUCAUGGUUCACGGCUACGGGUCAGACCCGCGUCACUGUCGUUGGACCACCAAGGGCUCGGCAAUGGCUGAUGGACAUGAUCUGGAGCCUGGGGAACUGGGACCCCUACCAGCAGGACCAAGGCCGCGAUAUGCUGCAUCGUGUGCGGAGCCAGCCACUGACCCAGGAGGACCUGACCAGCUGCUUCCGAGUGCAGCCCAGCACGGGCGACCUGUCUCUGGCCACCAGGAUGCGUGGGAACAUCUCUCUCGGGCUCCCGCCGGCUUCCCCUCUGCCUCGGUUCGGUUGGUUUUGA